CAUUGUGUUGCGCAGCUUACUCAAACCAUUCGCGUAAACGUUACUUCCACACUUUGCUUCAGUUCUCAUUUGUUCCCCCGGACCCUUGGACUGGACAUCAAAAUUGACAAAAACUAGGGUUUACAGGGGCUGAGGAGCGAAGUUUAAGCUUAAAUCUAAAUUAAGUUGAAAGUUCUGUUGUACACAGCUGAUUAAAGUGAUUGCGGGAUAUACAGCUGAUACAACUGAUUGCUGAUGAAACUAGAAAACUGCAAGAGAAUGUCAGAGUUUAUUGACUGGGAUCGCGCCACCCCAGUUCAGAGCAGGUUCUCUGCCCUUCCUAACAACUCAUCUCUAAAGGAGAGCCUUGCCAUGAGUUCAAAAAAGGGAGGAAAAAAUAAGAAGCUUCCAACGCACUGUGUUUUUUGCAAGAAUAACGGUUGGGAUGAAUCACUCUACAAUAAUCAUGUUUUAAAAGAUUUAAACAAUAGGUUUAAAAGACAAUUUCUCUUCAACUACGUCUGCCCUAUUUGCAAAAACACUGGUUAUGAGGCUCACACGAUCAACUACUGUCCGUACAAUGAAGAGAAGCUUCGCAAGCAAGAAGAGCUCUCAUGGAUAUGGCUAAAUCUUAAACAAGGGAACUCAGCCUCAACCAAAACCCCUUCAUCCCCAUCCUUAUCCUCAUACUCAGCUGCAUCCUCAAACCAUUCCCCAACAUACUCAAACUCAAGUUCCUAUUCCUUCUACUCUAACUCCUCCUCCUCCUCCUACUACUCCACCGACGCUUCAUACUCUUCAUACUCCAACGCCAACCAACCCUCCCGCUUCAAUAACCUUCCUGCGACCAACUCCCGCUUCCCUCUAGAGCAGAAUACUUCUCACUCCCAGAGAACUAAUCUCCAGUCCUACUCCUACCAGAACCAGAGAGGAAACAACUUCCAUGAGAGCUCUAUGUCCUUGAACCAACCAGCCAGGCGUGUGUCCUAUAACAACCUGUCCUCUGUUUGGCGUGAACCUUCUUCUCCAUCUCAACUACCAAGUCCACCGUCCUACUCUCAACACCCCAGUCCUGCGUCCUACUCUCCUGCGUCCCUGUACACUCAGCAGGCGGUAUCUCCGUCCUUAAACAGAAAUCUGUUCAACUUAGAGGAUGAGACCUGGAGUUCAAGGUUCGGAGAAGUUCGGAGAAGGAAUUCUUCGUCCUCGUCAGGUUCGAUAACUUCGUCUCAGUCCGGGUCUGGGAGUGCUGAUCCGAAUCAUCAACAAGUAAUGUUUAACCUUCUCCGUCUGUUGGAGGUCUCCAGCAUCUAGAAUACUGGCUACGGGUUCUUAUCGGAAUUCCGCUGCGCGUAGUUGCGCGCAACUGUGCGGAAUUGCGCGCAACUGUUGUCGUAUUGUGCGGAAUUGGGUGGAAUUGCGAGGAAAUUACAGGAACCACUUGCGUUGGAAACCCUAAUACUAUUGGCCCUACUCAAAAAAAUCGUUAAACCCAUUUUUCAGGGAAAUGUCGUCUUCCUGAGAUUUGUCAAUAUAUUUGUUAUCGUUCAAAUAUUAUCCCAAUUGGAUUUAUUUUGAAAAAUUUAAGCUUUACAUUUAUACAACGCAUUAGAAUUAUGUUCUUAUUGAUCAUUUUGUUGCUUUACUUUUAACCAUAAUAUCAAACAAUUUGAUUAGAUAAGUAUGUGCUAUUUGCAGUAAACUAUAAAUUGUACAUUGUAUAUUUGGAUGUUGCAACUCCGAAACUUGGUUAUAUUAACAAGUAUUGGAAUUUUAGCGGAUAAAAACAGUUCCCUAGUCAGAAAAAAUAGUGCUCCCAACAUUUUAAAAACAAUUUUCACAUUUUGUUUCUACCUCUUUCAGCUUUAAGGUUCGAAUAUUUCAGCUUUUUACAAUUGUUUCCACUUUUUAUUUUUCAUAUUUGUGAAAUAAUCAAAAUGCGCUUGACAGUUACCUCAUAUCUUGUUCAUUAAAAGAUUUAAGAUUUUAUUUUUAAUAUUUUUUUAGUUUUUAAGACAGUUGCAGUUACAGAAAUAUGAAUUUUCUAUUUUCUUUUUUGUGUUAAUAAUCUAUGUCUUUUGUCCAACAAGUGUAAAAGAUUAAACUAAUUUAGUUUGCCAACUAUUAAUUAUAAGGGUGCUAUUAAAAGACUUAUUUGUUUAUCACUGAAAAAAAUAUUAUUGUAUUUUGUUUGUUCCUCUGUAAAAUCAUGAU